GAGUCUUUGGUGGCACGUUUGCUCCGCCAGAAGCGCUUAUGGGUGUGAUGUGCAGAGAUGCAGGUGGCUCCACAAGGAGCCAGAGGGAUUAUUGUCCUGGACUGAGCUCCGGACAGGCUUUUUAAAAGCCUUCAGGUUAUCUUAGCCCUGUAUCCUGUCGGAGAAGGGAUCCACCACCUCAGGACUUCUGAGUGAAGAUGAAUUUAGCAGAGAUCUGCGAUAAUGCCAAAAAGGGAAGAGAAUAUGCGCUCCUUGGGAAUUAUGACUCCUCGAUGGUCUAUUACCAGGGUGUAAUCCAACAGAUCCAGAGGCAUUGCCAGUCGAUCAGAGAUCCAGCAGUAAAGGGCAAAUGGCAACAGGUCCGACAAGAAUUAGUUGAAGAAUAUGAGCAAGUUAAGAGCAUUGUCAGCACUUUAGAAAGCUUUAAAAUGGACAGACCCGCAGAUAUCCCUGUGUCCUGUCAAGAUGAGCCUUACAGAGACCCCGCUGUUUGGCCCCCUCCUGUUCCAGCUGAACACAGGGCCCCACCUCAGAUAAAACGUCCCAACCGAGAAGCAAAGCCCUUGAGGAAGGACUCCCCAGGCCUGCAGCCCCGGGGGCCCGCGGGCAGAGCGCACCCGGCGGCCAGGAGCGACAAAUCUGCAGGCAGCCGCGACAGGGAGCCCAGGGCUAGAGGCAGGGAUGACAAGGGCAAGAAAAUACCCCAGGAAGGUGUUGGUGAUGGGGAAAUCCCAAAAUUUGACGGAGCGGGUUACGACAAAGACUUGGUUGAAGCUCUUGAAAGGGAUAUUGUGUCAAGGAAUCCGAGCAUUCAUUGGGAUGACAUAGCAGAUUUGGAAGAAGCCAAGAAAUUAUUAAGAGAAGCUGUCGUCCUUCCGAUGUGGAUGCCUGAUUUCUUCAAAGGGAUCCGAAGACCUUGGAAGGGUGUGCUGAUGGUUGGUCCUCCUGGCACUGGCAAAACAAUGCUCGCGAAAGCUGUUGCUACAGAAUGUGGAACGACCUUCUUCAACGUGUCCUCCUCCACGCUGACAUCGAAGUACAGGGGCGAGUCUGAGAAGCUUGUCCGCCUCUUGUUUGAAAUGGCGAGGUUUUACGCUCCGACAACAAUCUUCAUAGAUGAAAUAGAUUCCAUCUGCAGCCGCAGAGGCACGUCUGACGAGCACGAGGCCAGUCGCAGAGUCAAGUCGGAGCUGCUGGUGCAAAUGGACGGGGUAGGUGGUGCUCUGGAAAACGACGACCCCUCCAAGAUGGUCAUGGUGUUAGCUGCUACCAAUUUUCCCUGGGAUAUCGAUGAAGCUCUCCGAAGGAGACUGGAAAAGAGGAUUUAUAUACCUCUACCCACAGCAAAAGGCAGAGCAGAUCUGCUUAAGAUUAAUCUCCGGGAAGUAGAACUGGAUCCUGAUAUCAGCCUCGAAGAAAUUGCUGAGAAGAUUGAAGGUUAUUCUGGUGCUGACAUCACUAAUGUUUGCAGGGAUGCCUCUCUGAUGGCAAUGCGGCGACGUAUUAACGGCUUAACUCCGGAAGAGAUUCGGGCUCUUUCGAAAGAGGAGCUUCAGAUGCCGGUUACCAAGGGGGACUUCGAGCUGGCUCUGAAGAAAAUCUCCAAAUCUGUUUCUGCUGCAGACCUGGAGAAGUACGAAAAAUGGAUGGCGGAGUUCGGAUCUGCUUAGCCUCACCGACAGCUCUCCCUUGCUAGAGUUUUAUGGCUUUUGUUGUUUUCACUUGCAAAAUGAAUUGGAAAUCUUUUUUUUUUUUUUUUUAAAGGUUUAAUAAAAGGUCUGCCUCCCCUCCCCGUGCUGCCCCCCUUCUGGUGACAAGAUCCUUUAAACUCCAUUUGCCUUUAAAGGGAGCGAACACAAUAACGGGCUGAUACUGUAAAAAAUAUAUAUAUUUUAUGUCUGAAAUAGUAAAAUCAGACAAACAGGAAGGGAAAAAAUACUUCUGAGAAAGAUCUUUUCAUUUUCCCAAUGAAGAGCGGUAUUGUUUACCUCCUAACAGUCAUCUUUCAUGGCUAGAAUCAGUAAAUCAGCUGGGGGCUCACUGCACCCCCUGCUCCAAGUGCUGUGUUUCUAGUGAGCCGCCCACUCUGCCUCCCCUGGACGUGGCGUCGACGCUGCUGGCCCUUGCUGCUGCUCUCCGCACACAUUUCCAGAGCGAAGCCUGUGGAUUAAUUUAAAUUUACAUGGAGGAAACGAGGAUCGGUUUGCCAUCACGACGUGGGCUCGUACACACCCCCGUUUGGCAUCGAUGUGACUGCAGGCUGGACCGACGUUGCUUUUUUGACUUCUCCUGACGGAAAUGAGAGGAAAAGAGAAGGGCCUUGGCUGCUUUCAGCCCGUACCUGAUCUCUGCACAUCGUUUGUACCCGUUUGGCCAGUAGGCACUUUGACUUAAGUUAUACCGUGCACUUUUAUGCUUCUGUAGAAUCCUGUACUUUGCUUUCUAGAUAUUUUCCUUAUUGUUACUGUUGUUAUUUAAGUAGGACUUCAAUACAGUAAAGACACUAAUAUCAAGGCUGUCCUCAAACUACGUGACUGUGGACUUCCAGUUCUUCCAAUUAGGCCUGAGCCCUUUCCUAGCUUUACUGGGCGAUGGAAUUUGCACUUGUUAAUGUUGCAGAACUGUUCAACUGUUAAUGUGUUUUGUUUUGUUUUGUUUUAAUGAAGGUGUCUUUCAAAUGUACAAAUGCAAUUGAUUUAAGGGGAAAAUAACCUGUGCAGUAUCACUGAUGUUCUUAUCUGUGUCUUCCCUUCCCACGUGCAAGGAUGAGAAGGGAGGGGUUAUAAACCCUAGCAGAGAAGUCCUCUCUGGAGCAUAAUUGUCACGCUUUUCACAGACCUGGGCUGCAAGUCUGGCAGGUGAAGGUUUCCCAUGGAAGGAAUGAGAAGGACAGGACGGAUUUACAGAGGAAUACACAAGCUCUGAAACUCGUGGUGAUUUUGUGAGCUGGAUGCCAAGCAGCACGUUGGCUGUGAGUCGCUGUGCAGUUCAGGGGGUGACUGUGCCCUCUGGCUUCCUGCUGAGACGUCAGAUGUGGGGAGCCGGAAUAUCUUCCAGUUACCUCUUGGCCAGGGAGGUCAGUGCAGGGAGAACAGCAGCUUUUCCCUCUUCACCUGCAGGCAGAAUAAAAGCUCCCCUUUCCUCCCGGCUGCCCGCUUGGCACCAACAGCCCUUGGGCUUCGCAGGCUGUGGAAGGAGCAGCUCUCUCUGUGCUGGAAGAUGAGCAAGCACAGAGCCGUGUUGGCUCUUUAUAAUUUGGGGCUAAAUUCCUCCCAGGGCCAGUCUGUUCCUCCCAGGGAAUAACUGGAUCUUUACAGAGAGAAAGCUUUGAAAGCCUGGCCACAGCACAGCCUGUCAGUUCCUCCUGAAAGCUGUGUGCUGCGCCUGUUUUGCUUUGCUUUCUUUUUUUUUUGCUUUUACUGCAGUAGAAACAGGUAAAGCUCUGCCUCUUCUGUGGCCAGUGCCAGAUUAGCACUUCAGAGGCUCUCGCUGGUCUCACACCACUGCUGCCCGAGGAGCGAGGAGCUUACUCUGCACAGGCAGGCACUAGGAGGGAAGAGACGGGGAUGCCGAUAACCCACGCCCUUCGGCUGCCCAGGAGCAGUGCAGGAUUCAGCAGCAUUUUACUUUAUCAAGGUGUAACUACUCCUUUUCUCAGCUUCAUACUGCAGGCAGCAGGGCCCUUGCUGCUGCUGGAAGCACCAUGUUCAGCAGAAAUGCCCGUGGAGGCUGGGUUAUUACCUCAAAAAGGGAGCCAGGAUGCAGCAAGGAGGAACAGGGAAGGAAGGCCGGGCCGACAGCAGUAGCAAGGCAAGACCCUACACGAGUCCAACACCCAACCCCCUGUUGAAACCCUCACUUAGGGGCUGUUUGAUUCAUCAGAGAGUGACAAACUGACACAUCACAGCCUGCUGCAACCAUUUUUUAGGUCUGUCGGUGUGUGGAUGUGUGCACGCGUGGCGCUUUGCUGGCUUGGGCUUCCCCUUGCACAAAACCAGGUUUCAGAGCUGUGUUUCCACGUCCCCUUCCAAAGGUCUGUGAAACGCCUGCCUGGGUGGCACUGUUAAUUUUGGUCCAACGAGCAGUUUGGGUGUACAAAGUAAUAAACGUACAUGGAGAGUCUGCCUUGC